UUUCCUUCUCAGUAAGUCGUUGCCAAGAUCCUUGCUAAUUAUAGCAACCGUUUUUGUCCACCUACCCUAAAUUUAUUCUUCUUUUCUUCUUUUUUUCUUAGUUAACACCUUAAAUAAAAAUAAAAAUAAAAAUGCUAUCCUUUUCCACCACCACGACCGCCACCCCUGCUGGUACUUUAACGGGUCCCACAAAGCUAAUUCAACAAUGCUCAAGCUCUUUACUAUCUCCUCCAUCACUCUUCUCUCUUUCAGUUCGCCAGUCUCGAAAAACCCUGGUCGUUCGAAGCGGUCGGGUCUUUAACUCUAACCCAGUCGGGUCCAAUGGCACGGCCCGUGCUUCUAUUGAAAAUAUUGUUGAUCCAAUUGUAAGAGAUUCUAAGCUUAAAAUCGCAAUUAUUGGGUUUGGUAAUUUUGGUCAGUUCUUAGCCAAGACGAUUGUAAAGCAAGGACACCGUGUGUUGGCUUAUUCCCGUUCGGAUUACUCCCGUGCUGCUAAAGAGAUCGGUGUCGAGUAUUUUAACGACGCUGAUGACCUGUGCGAGGAACAUCCUGAGGUGAUCCUCUUAUGCACUUCAAUCCUAUCCACUGAAAAAGUCCUUCGCUCACUGCCUCUCCAUCGCCUCCGUCGGUCCACACUUUUUGCGGACGUCCUUUCGGUGAAGGAAUUUCCUCGAUCUCUCUUCCUCCAAGUUCUUCCUAAGGACUUCGACAUCCUUUGUACCCACCCAAUGUUUGGCCCUGACUCGGGUAAAAAUGGGUGGGGUGGACUCCCAUUUGUUUUCGACAAAGUUCGAGUUGGAUCAGAUCCAAGUCGAACUACUAGAGCUGAGAUAUUUCUAAACGUGUUUAGAAAUGCUGGGUGUACGAUGGUGGAAAUGACAUGUGAUGACCAUGACAAGCAUGCAGCCGGGUCCCAAUUUAUAACCCACAUGAUGGGCCGGGUUUUGGAGAAAUUGGGCUUAGAAAACACACCAAUAAACACAAAAGGGUAUGAAAGUUUGUUGAAUUUGGUGGACUCUGGGUUGUUUUUAUACAAUAAGAAUGCAAUGGAGCAAUUGGAUAGAAUGGAUUGGGCAUUUGAGAUGGUAAAGAAACAACUUUCAGGACAUUUACAUGAACUUGUUAGAAAACAAUUGAUGUUGGAGACUAAUAAUGAUCAAAUUGGAGUUGUUAAUGGUGAAAAACAGGACAACAGAUCAUUAUUGCUUCCUUCGCCUUCACCUAAUGCUUCUCAAAUUAUUCCCUUUGCUGAUGGUAAUGAGAAACAAUUUGUAGUUAUUAAUGAAACAAGGUUUGCUAGAUAAUGUAAAAACAAUAAUUACUAAGACAUAAACCACAAUAGUCCAAUAUGUAUUAAGACAUUGGAUUUGAUUAGUUAUAGAAGUUGUAUUUUUUGGUUUAUUGGUUUUUACUAAGAUCAUAUCGUGUAUAUUUGAUUUUCUUUUUGUUCCGUAUUAGUUAAAGCUAUAACAAAAAUGUGGAAAUAUUUCGUUUCAGUUAUGAAUUAUAAAAUUUAUAAUAUGU